UCAUCAGCGAAGAGCCUUCGUGCCACAAUCGGCGAUGCAUUUGAGCGACUGCACCGCUUCCUGCGGGAACGGCAGAAGAGCAUGCUUGAGGAGCUGGAGGCAGAUACGGCGCGCACGCUUUCUGAUAUCGAGCACAAGAUCCAGCGCUACAGCCAGCAGCUCCGCGAUGUCAAGGAAGGGAUCCAGAUCCUUCAGGAGCGACUCAGUGAGACCAGCCGUCAUGAAUUCUUGGAAGGAAUAGCCCUGACGUCAGACAGGGAGCAAGUGAUUCGUGGAGGGUAUUGCUGGUGGAAGCUACCAAGGCAAGUCAGGUUAUUUGACUUAUGUUUGUGACUAUUGCCCUUUGCCUUAUGUCACAGGCGCCCGGUCAGAAGAGAGAUCACUGCAGAACAGACUAGGUUAAGAUUAGUUAGGAAGUAGAUCGAUUAACAUAAUCAG